AUGGGUAUCAAAGAUCUUCUCAGAUUCAUGAAACCUUAUAUUGCACCCAUUCAUAUAAAGAAAUAUGCCGGCAAGCGCGUGGGUAUCGACGCCUAUUCAUGGCUUCACAAAGGAGCAUAUUCAUGUAGUUUGGAGCUUUGUAUGAAUUCAAAUAGCGAAAGGAAAUUGAAAUACAUAGAUUAUUUUAUGCAUCGAAUAAAUCUGCUUCGUCACCAUAAGAUAACCCCAGUAGUCGUCUUUGAUGGUGGCAAUGUACCAUGUAAGGCUGCCACUGCAGAAGAGCGCCACAGGCACGUUUCCACAAUACCCGAGAAGAAAGACUAA